UUCUCGGUACUCGCACUCACUUUCGGUCGCCAUUACGAUUUUCUCCGCCAAUGUUGGUUUGAUGUGAACUCGGUUCGCGGAUGCUAAAGUGGCAAAAAAGUGAGAUUAUUCAGUGUUUGCGAUUGUGUACCGUGUCCUGUGUGUUAAUUUCCGACGGAACCGUUUGCCGGGAGUGUAUUUCCGGUUGGGUAGAGUGCUGAAAGUGUUCUUGAACGGCAAAAUGAGGCCCGGAAACGGUGGCUAGUUUGGAUUUGUUUUGGGGUCCCCUCUUGGCUAUAGUGAAAAUGUGCUGGCCUCAAUAGAGUUUUGUUUUCUUCGCGCAAUUGUACGAUUUUCAAUUAGAUUUUCCGGGGAAAUUUGUGAGCUUUCUAACUGCCAGGGGAAGCUAUGAAACCGGCAGGAAGUGGUAGUCCCAGUAAAUCCGGUCCCGAUCCCGUGUCCGGUGGCCAAGUGGUUGUCAAACAAAAGCAGGAAAAUUGUGAAGUGCAUCAUAGGGCACUGCCCUCGGUAAAACUUUCCGGAAUCAGCAACGGGACAAGUGGAGAAGGGGUGGCUCGGGAGCUGCUGGUCGAUUCAAUCAAAGUUCUGGGUGUUCCUGUGGGUUCGAAGCCAUUGAUUUCAUCAUCAUCGUCAUCGUCGCCAGCGGGAAAAAUCACUGCUGCUGCUGCUGUCGUAGGUGGUGCAAGUGGGGGAGGGUCAGCAGGUGCCGCACCAGAAGUUGUGGGGGAGGUGGCGUCGUCAAAAAUGACGAUAGGAGGAAUAGAAAAGGCAUCGAAAAAUCACGUAGACAGUAGCAGCAGUAAAGCUACUAGUGAUGCGAAUAGCGAUGCCGCGAAAAAAUCAUCUGUGUCGUCACUGGUGAAGGUGUUAGAUAAAUCUGGAACGCCGGUCAAGAGUGAUAGUGGCGGAGCCCAUCAUGGCAGUAGCAGUCUGUCCAGGGAAGCUGGAGAUGUAUCCCGGAGUCACAAGAAGAAAAAAAGCAAAGACAAAGAUAGAGAUAGAGAUCGUGAGAAGGAGCACAAGAAACGACAGCAUUCGGGAGAGCAAUCGGUUAAUACAAGUACCACGAGUCACCCAUCCAGUAGUUCUUCUAGCUGUACCCCCAGUAGCAAUCCAAAGGAAAGGGCGUCCACAAGCAACAACAGCAGCAAUAGUUCCUUGAUCCAAAACAAGGAAAAUCAACAUCAUGCUCUGGUGGUUGCCCAACCCAAGACAGAAAAAUCCGAUCGAAUAUGUAUCCCGACCUAUCCCACUCAGUUGAAGCAGGAAAUAGCAAUCGAAACGGAUCAGCAAACAGCUCCAACUAUUGGCCAACCACCCGUCGCCGUAUUGCACAGCUCGGAAAAAGUCGGACCAGUUCAAAAAGUUAUAACGGAGGCUACUGCAGCAAUCUCUGUAAAGUCUGGUGAAACACCCAUAUCUUCUGUUAAUUUGCUGUUAAAUCUAGAACGUAGCAACACCGAUGAAAAUUCCGUCAAAAAGUCAGAUGUAUUCAUCAAGAAAGAAUACAAACCUUUAAGGCCGGACAAAUCUCGAGACGACGUUACGAGGGCGCUGAAUUUUGGUACCGACAGCAAUGGACCAAUUCAUGCCAAGUCCAGCGAAGUUUAUUUGACCAACAGUACAACCAAUUUGACUAGUAGUAAGCAUACCGAUAUUGAAAUCAAAACAGAAACAUCAAAAAAUAUUGACGAUAAAUCGAUUAUUGUAAAAAUGGAGAUCUCAAACGAUGCAGUUAGCUCUUUAAUGACGCCGGAAAAAUUAAUCAAUGGUGGUUCGACGCCGGUAAAAAUGAUGGUAGCACCUCAAGCGACUGUGCCAUUGAUGCAAAUCAAACAAGAAACGUCGAAAGACCGAAGUUCCAAUGAGCAGCAUCAUGGACACGGAAACAACGGGCACAAAUCUUCAUCCCACAGCAGCUCUAGUACUAGUAGUAGUAGCAGCAGCAGCAAACUGACUUCGGUUCACAAAAGCAGUAGCAGUAACAGCAGUACUCGAGAACGCGAAUGCUCUCGAUGUUACAAGCGUUCCAAGAUCAAACGGGCAAACAUUGGCAUCCAAUGCAAAAGGGACAAAAUUGAAUCACCGAUGAGCAGUGUGAUCCCUACGGAACCGAGCACACAGAUAGGGAUAGUCAAUCGAGAGGCAAACUGUCAUCGAAAGGGUCUUGAAAAUCUCAAGUACGGCAGAUUCAUGCGAAUAGAAGUGCAUCCCAAUGGUGGAGCUUCAGUGGUUCACAUGUAUCAGGAUGAGAUCAAUGUGCUUUCGGAGAGCGAAAUGGAGGAGCUGGUCGAUGAGUUCUUCCAAGUUUGCUUCGCCGAAGACGAGGACGGUUUCUCGGAUCAUGUGAUGGGAAUUGUACAUAAUGCAGCUAACUAUCUACCGGAUCUACUGGAGCACAUGGCCGAGAACUACUCCAGCUUAACGGUCAAGGCGGGGGUCCUCGGAAGAAAUUCGGACAUCGAAACAUGCACUAUUAGUCAGUACAAUGAACAGGUUGUCAAAAACUAUUCCCAUGGCACCUUUCGGUAUGGGCCGUUACAUCAGAUAAGUUUGGUGGGAAAGGUACACGAAGAAGUGGGUGGCUACUUCCCGGAUCUGCUCAAACGUCUCGAAGAUAACCCCUUCCUCAAUAAGUCAAUGCCCUGGGGAUCGCUGUCAGUGGUACAAAUGGAUCCAAGGUUGUCCAACGAUGGGCCCAUUUUGUGGAUCCGACCCGGUGAACAGCUGGUGCCCACGGCUGAAAUCAACAAAACGCCAAUGAAGAGGCAGAGAACUCGCAUCAAUGAGCUGAGGAAUCUGCAAUAUCUUCCUCGUUUAUCGGAGGCUCGUGAAACGAUGAUUGACGAUCGUACCAAAGCGCACGCAGAUCACGUCGGACACGGCCACGACCGGAUGACAACUGCGGCUGUUGGUGUUCUGAAAGCGGUCCGCUGUGGUAUUGAGGAUGAGAUCAAUCGUAUUACCAAGGAUGUGGUGGCAUUCGAUGCGCACUGUUUUCCUCAUUUGGUCGAAAAGCUACAACUGGAUCUGCACGAACCGCCGAUAUCGCAGUGCGUGCAGUGGGUGGAGGAUGCUAAACUAAACCAGCUUCGCCGCGAAGGUAUCAAGUACGCUCGGAUAUCGUUGUACGAUAACGACAUUUACUUCUUACCAAGGAAUAUAAUCCACCAGUUCAGGACGGUGACAGCCGUGACCAGUAUUGCGUGGCAUCUGCGUCUGAAACAGUACUACUCGGAGGGGGAUGUCGUUCACGACAUCGCCAAUGGGUACGAGGUUGAUAUGCCACACUACAAAGAAAAGCAAACGAUCCUGCCUCAUCCCAUAUCGUUGGAAGAGAAAAAGGCUACACCGGUCAAGCGAGCGCAUGAUGGUAAACCAAAGAAGGUCGAGAAAAAGGAACCUACUGUAGCAGUUCCGCCUCCAAUAGUGCCACCUACUUUGGUAGAAAAAGAAAGUGAAAAGGAGGUUCCUGUCUCGGAGGAUGAAGAGAAGAAAAUUAAAAUAGCCAAAAUAGAUAUGAGGGCUUUAGUGCGGGAUGACGAUCCAGUUAAAAGCGAAAAGAAGAGCAGUUCAAGUCACAAGCAAUCCUCUUCUUCAUCAAGUCACAAACAUCACAGCAGUAGUGGUAGCAGCAGCAGUAAAAAGGAUAAACAUCGUUCCAAUGGCUCAAGAGAUAAAGAUAAAGACAGAAAUAAGCAUCGAGAGAAGGAUCGUGAUAGGGAUCGCGAUAGGAAUCGGGAUCGUGAUCGCGACCGCGAAAAGGAUCGUCACCGGCAUCACAAGCAUCAUUCCUCAUCGAGCAGUAAAUCUUCAAGUUCUUCGUCAGGGAAGCACGAAGAACGGCAUCGAAAAUUGUCACACUCUUCGUCGUCUUCCGAUAGACAUCCACAAAGCGCGAGUAGCAGCCGGCGAGAGUCGACUUCCAGUGUGACGAAAGAAAGAGAAACCCCUGCUAUUGGAUUGAUUCCGGUUGUGCCACCGGCAGUUGCGGCGGAGAUUGAAAUCGAAAACGUCCUGAGAAGUGCCAGCAGUGGCGUGAUUGUUGAUGGCCAAGCCAUCGUGGAAGUUCCCGCAAUAACAGCAACCACUCUGGCUCAUAAUAAUGACGAUAGCAAUUACGAGUCUGUGAUACAUUGCAACGAUGAAGCCAAGCUUACUAUAGCAAUGGAAACAACUAUCUCGGCCGAAGGCGAAGAAAUUGAAGAGGAAAUUAUAACAACGACCAUUGUAGACGAUGAUCAACACUUGAAUGCGAUUGAUUCGGUUUUGGUUACAGAGCCACCACCUCCUCCACCACCGGUAACAUUUGACCUUGUAGCACCUCCUUUACCACCAACUCUACCUUGCGUACCACCACCGGAACCAGUUGAGGCAACAUCAAUUGAAAAUAUCAGCAUCAGCAGCAACGUCGAUCAGCUCCCGUCAACACCAAAGGUGAAAAAAAGUAUUCAACAACUACCUUCACAUCAUAGCAGUUCCAGCAGUAGUAACCACCAAAUGAAACAUUACCACUCCCCCGGUGUUGGAUCAACGCAGAAAGUUUCCAGCACGCCCUCAAAAUCAUCAUCCAGUGAUCUUUUAAGUUCAAUUAUGGCAAGUAUGGAGAGCACACCAAAUCGUAAUGCCAACAAUCUUUAAGUUUUUUUUCUAUUUCACAACUGCGUUUGCCGCAACAAAGUCCGAAACACGCAUUGCGUGUACAAUUUUAAUCUUGUCUUUCCCCCCUGUCCCAAAGAUUUGUUUUAUUUUCUGCACAUUAUAGAAGUUCGUGUACGAAUUGGUUUUUGUACUUCAUACUUCUAAAGUUUUAUCUAUUUUGCCAACUUCGGUAUUAGUUGGAAAGGAAGUUGAUGCCCUCUUAAAAUGAGCUCAAAUAAUUUUGAGAUUAUUGCUCUUUCUUUUCAUCCAUGCUCACAGUGCACUUCAAAAUUGUGAGACAACUACCCUUUAAUUUUUACUCCCUACAAAACAAAGCAAGGAAAACAAAAAUUACACUGCCAUUUCUCUUUCAUACAAGCUAAAAGUUGGAACGUAACGUUGAUACUACUUUGUAUGUGUGUGCUCUCACAUCUUAAAUUACGAUCUCCUAAUAUGUGUUUUAAUUUUUAGAAGCGGAACACCUAAACGAAAUGAAAUAACCUAAUGUUUAAAUUCAGAUGGAAGUUUGAAAUACAACUUUCAGCAGUUAACUAGAGCGAAAAGAUAGUAAGAAGUUCAUUAUUGAUGUGUAGAAUUAUGCGCUAAACUGUUGAAUGGCAAAUGUUUUCUUGAAUAAUUGACACACACAAAUUCACAUAAAUUUUUUAAAACAGCUACAUAUAUUACACUUGAAACAAAAAUCAGUUCACUCACAUCAACCAACACACCACACGAAACUGAAACCCUAUAUCUAUAUUCAAAGCAACAAAAAGAGACCACCCUAUCAACUACAUUGUGCUUGUUGUGAGGGUGGGAGAGAACAACAAAAAUAAUAAUAUUUAAGAUGUCAGAAAAUUAAUUGAUAGCGAUUAAGAUAACAAAGUAACAUUAAAACCAAUAUAUACUUACCUAUUGUAAAGAUCAGAGGAGCAGAAUAUUAAACAUACAAAAGAAGUAUAAAAAACGGUAACACCUACACCAUACAAACACACUGUUGUUCUUGAGAGCGAAUGCGUUUAAGGUAGCAAAAAGGUAGAAGUUCACUGCAGAAAUGUUUCGCGAAUUGAAUAAAAAAGGUUCGGUUUGCAUUUGCCAAAACAAAACACAUUUUAAGAAAUGCAAAAAUGAAAACAAAUGAAUGUAAGUUUUGUUUUUCUUGUUAAACUGAUGAUCUGUUAGGAGAUGGUUUGGUCCUUCGAACCGGAUUCGUGAGUGAAUGAAAAAUAACUACUAACAACAACAACAACAACAACAGUAGAAGUGCAAAUUUAGGUAGUACGUGAAUGUGACUAAAGCGGUUUUUUUUCGUCAAGUAGUUGCAGAUAGUAAUUAUUAACAAGCAAACAUAUAGCGAUUAUCAUUAACCUAUGUAGGUAGUAGUUGACCCUUCUGCUCCCUGUUUAAACGAACCUUCUCUAGCUGUAAUAAUGAGUUUAAAUUAUUACCAUUUAAUGCAAACGAAGCUAACUUAUUGAGUCACACGGCGCUGGAUUCCGGUCUAGGUAAGCACCAGAUCCGCUGCUUGCCAUGUUUCCUUCCACUCCCUGUUUGUUGAAACGCUGUGCUGAUUAUUCAACAUUUACUAAGAACUCGUGCAAAACCACACAUAAUUUUGUAAAUGCCGAACUGCAGGAAAAAUGUUUCUCGGUAAACCUGGCAUCCAUCUGUAUAGUUUUAGUAGUUUAACUUUUUUUUUAAUAUGUGCAAAGGCCGCCAACAAUAUGUACGUGAGAAGGAAAAUCCACACGCAGCCCCAUACACAUAAUAUAUGAACAAAUCGGUAUCAAAUUUUGAAUACGGCGAAUGCGCCAAGACCUUUGUUUUGAGAAAAACGCAUUCCAAGUUUCAGAAAAUAAAAUCAAUUUCCUAUUUAGCUGCGUACAAUCAUUUUCCUAAAGAAGUCGCUAAAAUGCUUUCAAAUUGGUUUAAUUUCAAGACCCGAUCGAUAAAUAUAGCUUUUCCGUACUAAUUACCACAAAAAAUUAAUAAAUGUAACUGUGGGCCCUUUUACCACAGACUGGUGCUCUCAUUUUGUUCAUUCGCCAAAUUGGAGUGCCCUUUUGAAUUGCAGAAUGACUAUUCGCCUUUUGGAUCACUCAUUAAAGAAGCAAUAUUCAAGCAAAUUUCGGCUUAAAGCUUAGUUCUUUUAGAAAUGGGACACUUUCAUUUGCUAAUAGCUCGUUAACUAGUUAUUGGAUAUUAAAAAUUUUGACAGCAUUUUGUUGCCUGUAAAAAGUACUAUUCGACCUAUUUUUUUCAAAAUUUAAAAUUUACUCGUUUUUGAGAUAUGUACGAUGCAAGAGAAAAAGAAAAAAAUAAUUUUGCACAGUUUCCUUUAAAAUUCGUCAUUAUCAAAUUGAUAGCUGACAAAACCGUUGAUUAUUCAAAGAAUUACUGAGUUUUUGUGGUGGAUAAGUAUGCAAACACUGUCAAUAAUGUCCACAAAGUUCAAAUCAAGUAUUGGAGUGAAGCACAUGAUCGGCAACAACGGUUAAGGGUCAUCAAGGAAGUCAAGUCUCAUACCAGCCUUUUUAAUUUUCAAUAAACGAAAAACUAAGGGUAGAUCGCUGAAAUGUCCAAAACCAUUUUCUCCGAUAAGCUGAAAGUGUUGCCUAGUGAUGACUCAUUGAAACCCAACCUCAAACAACCAUUUUUUGAUAGUUCCAAAGCUCUUAAGCUGUUAAACCGGUACAAAAAAAAAAACGUUAAAAAAUGUGAUCAAAAAUAAUCAAAUUUGUUCAUUUCGAAACAACUGUAUAUUCACUGAAAUGCUUCCAGUUUCUUUUAAAAGAGAAGUAUUGAACCGAAAAGUAUCAGAAAUUGAAGAAGGAAGGUGAAGCCACCUAAAAUAUAGAUUUUACGAAGUAUAAGUUGAAGAAACUGAUCAAUACCAUGACUGAGAAAAGUGUGCGCCGGCCAAUGGGAGAUACCAAAAAUAAAGUAGAAAUUUCCUUAACAAAAAACAGUAAAUAUUUUUUUUCAAAUUUUUUCAUGAAAGAUCAUAACAUUACCUUCAUUUUCUUCAUAGAAACUAUUUCGUUCAAACGAAUAGUUUUUGAGAUACAGGCAUUCGUAACUGUCCCAUUUCUAAAAGAACUAAGCUUUAAAAGCGGGUCCAAAUGAUCACGUUAACACAUUAGCACAUUCAACGAUCUUAUAAAUACUGAUUUGUGCAUCUCCUCGUCAUGGAAAUUUUUUUUUCGAAAACUUCAAUGCCCUUUUUCCAUCUCGAAAUAACUAUUGGCCCUUUUGUUCGCGACGAAAUUUUGAGAGGAAAUGGGCGAAUGAACUGUGGGAUUACACACUCAUAAAAAAAGCUAUUCGCCUUAUUUAAAAAAUUAAAUUUAACUUCACUAAAAUAAGAAAAAUUGAAAGGAGAUCAUAUUUUCGGAUGUAAAAUGAAUAGUUUAACACAUUUAUGUGAUUAUCUGGAUUUGUUUACAGUUGGCGCAUUCGCCGUAUUCAAAAUUCGAUACCGAAAUAUUUUGUAUAGAUUAGCUUAACCCCCCUUCACAUUACGCGCGUCGUCUGUAAAUUUUAUUAAACAUGAUGAUGAAGAAUUUAUCUCUAUCCAAUUGAUUACAUAUGUAUAUUUUAAGAGAGAAAACAAUAAAUGAAUACUGUUUACGGUAUUGCUA